AUGCAUUUACCAGUAUACAAUAUGGAAAGCAUAUCCGAAUGCGAUAUUUUGAAGCCCAUUGAUGAAAGCGAGAGAUUAGAAUUAGAGAAUAAAAUAAAUGAACAGAUGGUAGAAUUAGAAGUAAAGAAAAAAUACUUGGAAGAAUUAAAAAAAAGACAACAUACUGUAAAAGAAAAGAAUAAUAUACAUUCUUUUAAUAAUGUUGUUGAAGAAUAUCCUGAUCCAAAUAAAAUGUUAUGUAAUUUUUUAGAGUCGUUAGAAAAUAAUACUAACGAUAAUAAUAAUCAUCAUCAUCAUAAUGAUAAAGAGUCAAAAGAAGAAGUUAAUGACAUGUUAAUCUAUUCAGAAUAUAAUUAUGAUAAUAAAAAAAAAACAAAAAAAAAGGAAAAUUUAGCUUGCACCGAACAAUUUUUCACUCAUCCAAAUUCUAUGGAUAAUAUUAUGAUGAAUAAAUCUUUUCUUUUCCAGAAAAAAAAAAAUUCUAUACCCAAUUUUAAUUUUCAUAUUGAUUUGUUCAAUAAACAAACUAAAAAUGUUAUACACAUAAAACCAAAAGGAAUAAAUUAUUUUGAUAAAUCCAUUCAAGUUGAUCUUUUCGAAAAUAAUGAAAUAUCCCUGUUAGAUAAUCAUAUAAACAAAAAAAUAAAUAAAAUGGAAAAAAUGGAAAAAAUGGAAAAAAUAAAAAAAACAUCAUUGUGUUAUAGCAGUGAAGACAAAAAUGAAGGCGAUUCAAAGAAUCAUCAUAAGAACAAGAUAAAACAUACGAACGAUACAAGUAUACACAAUGAUGAUAAAAAAAAAGAAAUGAAAGGAGGAAACCAAAACAAUGAAGUAAAUAAAAAAUGUGAAGAGAAUUAUAAUAAACAAAAUGGUCAUCAUAAUUAUAUAUACGAUGAAAAUAAUACAACGUUUAAUUAUAAUGAUAAUAAGAAUAAUAAUGUUUAUGAGGAACACAAUGAUAAUAGGUUCAAUGCAUAUAAGUCAACACAUCUAAAAAGUAUGAAUGUAGAAAAAAAAAAAGACGAGAUAUUAAAAAGUUCUAGUUUUCUAUAUUUCCUUGAGAAUAGUAGUAAGAUUGUAGAGCGUGUUUUAGGAGAACAAGAUUUAUUUGAUUGUACAUAUACUUAUGAUAAUAAUGAUAUGUUAGAAAAUACACAAGAUGUGGACAAAUUAAAAUUGAUGAAUACAUAUUAUUGUAAAAAAUAUAUAAAUGGUCGCGGUAUAACAGACGUACGAACAUCAAAUAUAUAUAAUGAAUUAUUUUUAGCCUCUUAUGGAUUAUCAGAAUGUAGUAAUUGUAUAGAACCUGAAGGAUAUGUUUUAUUAUGGAAUGUUACUAUGAAGAACAGACCUGAAUAUGUAUUUACCUCAGAAUCUAGUGUAUGUACAGCUUUGUUUAAUAAAUUUCAUCCACAUUUAAUUAUAGGUGGUACAUAUACAGGUAAUGUGGUUUUAUGGGAUAUAAGAGCUAGCCAAAAACCAAUACAACAAACAUUACUUACAUCCCAAGGUCAUAUGCAUUCUAUAUAUUGUGCUGAAAUAAUAGGAACACAAAAUUCUCAUAAUUUAAUAACAGCAGAUACUGACGGAAGGUUAUGUAAUUGGUCCUUAAGUAUGUUUACAUAUCCAUCUAAUACAAUAGAUUUAAAAAAAGGAAACCGAGAAAUAUCUUGCACAACGUUUGCAUUUCCUGAAGGUGAUAUAAAUACAUUAUAUGGAGGAACAGAAGAUGGAACAUUAUUUCAAGCACAAAUACAUGGUAUGAAAGUAGGUAUAAUUAAUUCAGACAUUAUACAUGACGGACCUAUAACAUCAGCACAAUUUCAUCCUUCACUUGAAGAAAUGAAUGAUAAUAAUGAUUUAAUAUUAACAAGUUCGGUAGAUUGGACAUGUCAAUUAUUGAGUAUAAAAAAUAUUAAGAAUCCUUUAAUUGUUUUUGAUUCUUUUGAGGAUUAUAUUAUGGAUAUAAAAUGGAGUCCGACACACCCUGCUCUUUUUUCAACAUGUAGUAGUAAUGGUAAAAUAAAAUUAUGGAACAUUUUAUAUGAUACUGAAUCCUCAUUUUAUGAGGCUUCUUUAGAUAAUUCUUCUACAAAUAAAUUAGCUUGGUCACAUGAUGGAAAACGACUUAUAGCUGCUGACACUCAGGGAUACCUGACCCUAUGGAAUGCAUCCUCCGAAAUAUAUCAGCCUAAAUUUGAAGACCUCAACAAAUUUGAUGAGCACAUGCAAGCAUUGAGGGCUGAGCGCAUUGCCGACACGACAUCACAAAAGGAAACAUAA